AUGAGUAUCAUAGUGAAAGAUCCAUAUUACAGCAGUAGUGGAAUUUCCAAAAUAAGAUAUGUAAACUCUUUCAAACUUUAUUCACACCUAAAAUAUACUAAAUUUGCUCUUUGUGAAAUAUCAGAUUAUAUUAUACUUAGUGGCACACUUGGAAUUGUUGAAGAUAUAGAAGAUAAAAAAAGUUAUGAAAGGCAAAAUGUUAUAAGUUUUUUAAUUAAUGCAUCUUUACGUCGUGAUUUAAAUGAUGAUCUUGAAAGGAAAAUUAAAAAGCAAGAUACUUCUAAAACGAUAAUUUCAAUAGAUCCAGUUGAUGGUAAUGUUGAAUAUUUUAAAUAUCUUUUAAAUAAUGAAUUAUGGAUUCAUUUUACAAAUAUAUUUGAUAAUGAUAAUGAGGAACUGACAAAUUCAAUAAAAGAGAUUUCUAAACAGAUGGUUGAAGUUUUAAAUUUAAAUAACGUGAAUUUUGGGAAGGUUUCAACUGGUAUAAGACGUUAUAGUGAAGUUUUAAAUCCUAAUUAUUUGGAAGAUAAGGUAGAGAUGGUCAAUAAUAACUUUAGGGAUAUCUCUAUUUUGGAUACUAAUCCAAAAUUAAUUUUUUUUCCCACACCAUUAAUCAAGUUAAGAAAUUUUAUUUGUGAUUUAACUAGUGAAAUAAGUUGUAAAUUGUUUGAUACUACAGGGUCAUCAUUAUAUGGAAUUAUUGGUGCUUGUGACAAGUUAAUGAAGAAAAAUCCCAAUUUAUUAUAUAUACCAAAUAUUAAAUACUCAAAUUUAUUAACAGAUAAUUAUUACGGGAGAUCUGAUAAAAUUAAAGAUAUUGGUUAUCUUUUGGAGCUUAUUUCUAGAUCUUUAGAUAAUAUUUUACCUUUAUCUUUAGUUGAGGAAAGUGAACAUCGUAAAUAUUUAAAAUCUAAUUUUCUUAGGUUAAUGUCUUUAACAAGUAAUGAUUUUUCAGUUGAAAUUUUUAAUGAAAUUGUAAAUUGUUCAUUAAGACUUAUAUUAAUUACUGGAAGUAUUGAUAUGUUACUUUUAUUACUACAAAAGCUUCAUGAUUAUUGUAAUGUUAAUGAAGGAACCAAAAAAUUACUUUUAGAUCCAGUAGUUUGGAAUUCAUAUCAAAUAAUGGCUUUAAUUGCACCUUGUCAAGUUCAUAUUUGUAAUAAGAUCAAUAAUCCAACAAAUAAGGUUAAAGAAAUAGGAGUACCUGUACAAGGAGUUAUAAUAAAGAGUGGAAUUCCUAUAUUUGGAAAUCAUAUUGUACAAUUUUAUAUAACAACAGACUCAAUGUUUCAAAAUAAUAAUGCAAAAGCAGAUAUAGUUAGAAGUCGUAUUGAAUUUGCUAUUACAUCAAGUAAUACAUUAGAUUGGUAUACUAAGCAGCAUCCUCAUGGAUCUACUUUGUUAUUUGAUACAACAAUUGGUGGAUCGAAAAAACUGUUUGGAAGAAUGCUUUCUAUUGAGAUAUGUGAUUCUGCAAUAUAUCUAUUCCAAGGGAUAAGUACUGAAAGAAAUAUGAAUAAUGAUUUUGAAUUGUAUUCAAAAAGAGAAAUGUAUGGUAAUCAAGAAUUAAAAUCUAGUAGUUCUCCAAUACAUAUUCACCAUUUAAGUUCUCCUACUGAUAUUUUUUUAGUAGAACUUAUAAUAUCAUAUGAUAAAAAAACAUAUUUUAAUUGCCUUUAUAUUUAUAUAAAUGGUGAGUUUAUAUUUAAAAUGAAUAUACCAUCAAAUUUAUACGAAUCUCCUUUAUUAUUAAGAACAUCUAAAUUACUUAUUCAAACUACAACAUCAAGAUCUACAUUUUUUGAAAUACCAUCAUAUCAUAUACUUUCAAGGAAUGUUAUCAAUGAUAUUCUAGUACCUAAUAAAUUAAUAGAUAGAUUUCAAUUUUCAAAUAUGGAUUAUAAUUGCUAUAUUGAAUUAAGUAUAUCUCAUUUAAUGUUCUUUUUAUGUAAUAUAUGGAAUACAUUAAUUUCAAAAUAUAUUAGAUAUAAUAAAGAUGAGAAUUUAUCUCAAAUUAAAGAAUUAGAUAUUGAGAAAUUAUUUAAUAAAGAAGAAUUAUAUUCUUGUAAGAAUCCUUGGUAUACAUGGUUAUAUGUUGAUUCUUUAGAUAAAUUUAAGGCAUUUCUUUGUUUGAUUCAAUCUAUAUUAAAUAAUAUAGCACAAAAACAAAGAGAGAAUAUUGAAAUAGAAGAAUAUCAAAUGGAUUUACUUGUAUGCCUUCUAUGUAUAUUAAAAUAUAUUAUGAUUGACACAAAGGAUACAUUAUAUAGAUGUCUAAGCAUAAAGUCUCAAACUGGAAGUGGUGUUUAUAGUAAUAUUCCAGAAACUACUGAAUUAUUAUUUAGUAUAUUAAUGAGAUGUAUAUCUUUAAAAUUUUUAAAUAAUGAAUGUAUUUUUAACAAGACAAAAUACACAAAUAAAGAAUGUUCUAUUAAUACAGAAUAUGAUGAUAUUAAUUGUAUAGAAUGGUUGAUACACAUAUCUGCAAUUAGAUGCUUUUGUAAUAUAAGUAAAAAAUUAUUAUAUUUUUUAUUUCGUUGUGUCAAUAUACAAACUAUAAUUUCGUAUUUUGAAUUAUUAUUAAAUAUACCACAUGAUGAGGCUAAAGAGGUUUUACAUUUAUUUCAUCAUUUUGCAAAUGGCGAAAUAUUUAUUUUAUUAAUUACAAGACUAAUGAUGGAAUCCACAAAUGAUUCAAAUAAUAGUUCAAAUUGUUCUUUAUUUAUAAAUUUUCUAAAUAAGCUAAUAUUAACCUCUACAGAUACUAGUAAAUUUGGUAUAAUAAGAGAAGGUGUUGAUAACAUAUAUAAAAUGAAUCUAUCCACCUCCUUUGAACAAGAAUUGGUUGACUUUAGGGAAAAAUAUAACAAAACACUUUGGUAUGAUAUAUGCGGUAUUAGUGAUAUUUCUAAUAUGAUAAUUCCUGUUCCAUAUUAUAUACCAUAUGACGGAAAUAUAAUUGUAGCAAAUACUCUUUCUAGUAUUUGUAUUUGUUAUGGAAUUGCAAUUGCACAAAAUAUGCUUUCAGAAUACUUUUUAACUGAGAAAUCAUCUAAUUUAUUAAGAGAGAAUAAUAAUAUUGACAAUACAAGUGAUUAUAAUGAAAGUGCACUUAGUAAUAAUAAAGAAAGUGAAUUUAAUACAGAAUAUAUACCCAAUAAUUCUAAUAUAAAAUUAUCGUCUUCAAAUCAAUAUUUAGAUCAUACAAAUUAUUGCAAUGACUCUUCAAAUUUACAUAAAAUUUACAAUGAGCCUUGUGGAAUAAAUGGCAAUGGAAAUAUUCAUGAAAAUAUGAAUUUGUAUCAUCCUAUAAAAAGUGAUUUAAGUAUUAUUGAUAUUGUAAAAUCAAAAAAUAAAGAUCAUAUGAAAGAUCUGAAUUUUAAACAUUGGUUAGAUUCUAUAUAUGAAAUAUUAUCUAUGGUUAUAUCGAAUUGUUCUGAUCUAAUUUAUAAUACUAGAAAUAAAUUGGAUAAUGAAGAAUUACAUAUAAAUGGAGAUGUAUAUCAUAAUGAAACACUUAAAUAUUUUAUUAAUAAUUGUGAACUAAAUGAUAUCAUAGAAAAAAAUGAAUACAUUACAAGUGGGAAAUAUAGAUCUCCUGAAUCAUUUUGGUGUACUUAUUAUAUAAGAUAUAGUGUAAUUAUCGCAAUUUCAGGAAUUAUAAAAUUUGGAGAAUUACCAUCUAUUAUUUAUAAUGAAUACAUGAUAAAUAGAGAUCUAAGAAAUUUUAAAACUUCAUCUAAAAAUAAAGAUAAAUAUUUACAUUCAGCUAUCAAUAUUACUCAGCAAUGUGUUAUUAAUUUGUAUUUAAGGUUAUGGAAUCCCAUCAUGAAUUUGAAUGUUAACAUUACAAAUUAUCUUAAAGACACUUAUCCGUCCGCUGUUUGUUCGCUAUUUCUAUAUAAAGAUAAUGUAUUACACCCAUUAUUAGAUAAUUACAUUGCAUAUAAUUGGCUCAUAUCACAAAUGUUUAUUUGGUCAUUUAUUGAUAUUCCAAAAUAUUUAAAGAAUUAUCUAGAAUUUAUUUUAGAGAGUCAUGAUUCCGAAUUAGUUUAUAUUAAUCCGAUUAUUUAUAACCAUGUAUCUGAAGAUUUUAAAGAGCUUAAAAGUGAUGUUAUUAAUUCUAGAUUCUAUUAUAAUUUAAUAGAUGAAAUAAAUUGGUUAGAUAUAUUAUCUGAACAAGUAAGUAAUUUUAGAUUUAAUCAGGGUAAAAACCAGAAUAGUUAUGGACAUAAUUAUCUUAUUAACACUAAUAAUAUUUAUAAUAAUUCAUCAUAUUCUAGUCAUUUUGAAACAGGUUUAAAUUUCAUAUUUGAUGUAUUCAAUUGUAAUCAAGAAGUUUUGAAAUAUAUCUCUGGGAAAUAUUGGAGGCAAUUUCACCCCAAUUUUAUAAAUGUUCAAUGUGCAAUAUAUGCUACAAUUCUUUAUUUAUUUGGAUAUACAGGAUAUAAUAUAGAUAAAGAAAAAAUAAAUGAUAAUUUUGAUUGCCAGAUAUAUAGUGAUCAAAAUAAUCAUGAGAUUUUAAUGUUGGCAUCAUCUAUUUCACAAAAAUGCUGUUCUAGGCUUUUAUCGAGGUGGCAAUUAUUAAAUGAAAAUAAUAAUAAAGAUAAUUUAGAUUAUGAUGAGGCAAUUAAUAAGCGUAAUGAAUUUUUACAAUCUGUAAUCAAUCGUUGCUAUUGGAUCUUAAAAAAUAUUCCAUUUAAUAUUUGUUCAAUAGGAUGUAAAGAAUUUCGAUAUAUUAAUAAAACGGAUUAUACAUAUGAUGCGGAUAAUACUGUAAGUCAUAUAAAUCCUAAUGUAUUACACAAUAGACGUGCUUCUGAUACAGAUAUAUAUACAAAUAAAUUUAAAUAUGAAUCUAAUGAUAAGCCAGAUAAUAAAGAUUGUACCUUAUCUAAUGAAGAUAAGCAGACGAAUUUGAAUAAUAUAAAUUCAAGGAAUUAUGGAUUAAACAAUAUUUUUAAUUGGCAUCAUAUGGAUAUAUUAAGGCAACUACUAUCAAAAAGAAGGCAAUCACUUAUUAGUAAAUCCAAUAAGAUAUUAAGUAAUUCAAAUAUUAGUCAAUAUAAUGUAUAUGAUAAUACUCAUGGUAUAUCAAGAGAUUUUCGUAUACAUUCUGAUCCAAUAAUACUUUCAGUUAGAAAUGUUAAUAAAAUAGAUAAUAUUUCAUAUAAUUUCUCUAAGGAUAUAGAAGAUGAUGAAUUACAAAUUAUUUUACCACUUGAAAAAAUGGAUAUAUUAAAUAUAUAUUUAGAUUUCAUUCUAUAUGGACCUAAAAAAGUGAAUGAAUUAGAUACGAUAGUGAAAUUAGAGAAAUUGGCAUCAUUUUUCCGUUUACUAACACUCCAAACAAUAUUGGGUAUAGUCAGUUUUAAUUCUGAUACUAAUAAUAUAGAUAUAAAUAAAUUGAAUGAUGUUACAUAUUUGGAAUCAUGGCAAAAUAAAAGUAAAAUGAACUCAUUUUCUGAAAUAGGCCCUUUAUUAUAUAUUAGACAGUGUGGAUGGUUAUAUAUACGUUUAUUACAUAUGAUAACAAUUAAUUAUAAUAUGAUUAGACCACUAAUAUAUGAUAUGAGAAGUGAACAUAAAAGUGAUCAAGAUCAAUUUAGAAUUAAAAAUAAUAAACAAGUUUUACCAUAUAAUACAAAGUUUAUUGAUUUAUAUAUGUAUAUACAGCCAUAUUCAUUACAAAUUCUCAGUUUAUUUGAAAAAAUAAUAAAUCAAUUUAAGAAGUGGCUAUUUAAUGUUGUAAUAUCACUAAAUACCUCCAGAUUAUCUAGUUCAGAUUUGAAUAAUAUCUCAUUGAAUUUUACAAAUAAUGGAAACUUUUCAUCAGUUCAUAGUGCUCAUUCAAGCUUCUCAGAUUCAAUAAUUUAUAAUUGCAUUAUUUCAACUGAUGAAUUUUGGCUUGAUUCGAUUUUACGUGUAAUGAUUUUAUAUUUUGUUUUAAGAAAUAAGUCAUGUAUUCUUAAUAAUGAAAAAGAUAAUAUACAUAACAAUGGUGAAUUCUUAAUAUUCAAGCACUUACUUGACUUUGUAUUACCAGAAAUUAAUAGGUGUAUAAAAGAUGGAACAAAUAAUAAUAAUAAUAAUAAUAAUAAUAAUAAUAAUAAUAAAUCAGUUGGAUUAUUGAGUAAAGCAAUAACAGGUAUUGUUAUAGCUAGACAUACUGAAGAUGAUGAAGAAGGUGAUGAAUAUGGAAAUGAUUUUAAUUGUCGUUUCGUGUCAAUAACAAAUAAUUAUAAUCAAUUGAAAAAACUUGGUUAUAAUAUUGAGCAAUGCAUAACACUAAAUGAUAAUACUCAAAUCUUAUUAUUUGUACAGAGAUUACAAAACUCACCUAAAUACACUGAACCAAUUGAUAGCUUAAAAUAUAAUUUUGGAUCAUUUUUACCUUUAACUAAUAGAUACUUUAAUAAUGGAAAUAUAUGCAAACCACAUGAAAUAGAAAGUAAUUAUCAGCAAGAAGAAACAUUGGUUAAAGUAUGGAUACUACGAUUAGUUAAAUAUGACCAAAAUAUUUUAAAAAUGAAAGAUUUGAAACCUGGAUUAUCAUAUAUAUAUUCAAAUGUAUUUGUUAAUAUUCCUGAUAAUAAAUCUGAGGAAUUAUCGAGUCCUGUAGAAACAUUGAUAAUGAGUGAUGGUAUAUAUCAUUUAGCUUGUACUAUACCAUUAUGUCUUUAUGUAAAUAAUACUUUAUGUAAUAUUAAGAAUAUAAAAAAUAAAAAUAAUUUUAUUGAAAUUUAUUUGAAGAUUUCAGAAUUGAAUAGUAUUGGUAGAGAUACUUCUAUUAGUGUAGGAGAUUACAGUUCUAACUUACAAUCUAUUUCUAAUCAAGAUUCAUUAUCUUUACUUUCAAUCUCUGCAUCAGAAUCAUCUACAACAUUUGGAUUAAACUACAUUAAUUCAUCUUCGUUUUUAUUAUCAGCCUCACCUAAAGAGAAUUCAACGAAUUUGAACAUUUCACAAGUAAUAAAUUUAUUGCAAAUUAAGAAUGAAUAUCAAACAAGGAUACGUAAACGUUGUUGGAGAUUAAUUAAAGCAUAUGUUUUAUCGACUUUACUGUCAUCAACAAGGGAAAGUAUAAAUAAAAAAAAUAAAGAGAUAAGUAUAACAUUGAGAGAACAAGUAGUUAAUUAUAUAAUUGAUUUAUUAAAAAUCAUUUCAAAUGUUUUUUUUGAGAUAAAAAGUCAAGAUGAUGUAAAAUGUGAAGAUAAUCACCAAAUACAAGAUUUUGGAGGAAUUAAUGAUAUAUCCCAAUUAAAUAACUUAGAUCAAAAAGAAAAAAUGAGUUCUAACUUGGCUAAUAAAUUAGAUGAAUACAAAAAUUAUGCUUUAGAUAUUAUUAAUAUUCUAAUAAGCUAUGUACAACUAUCUGGAUAUUGUACUAGAAUAACAAAAAUUAAACAAACAAAUCAAGUAACGAUUAAUGUAAAAAGUGAGCAUGAUAAUAAUAAUUCACUAAUUGUAUCAGAUACUUCAUGCAAUUCAUAUUUGAUAUUAUCAGCACUAUUACAAGCUAAUAAUGGUAAAACAAAUUUAUUAAAAUAUUUAUGGGAUAAUAAUAGCGAAUUCGAAUCAAAAUUAUGUACAUUAUUAACUGAAUGUAUAAGGCAAUGUAAUUAUUCUGAAGUAUUAAAUUGUUUUUAUUGUGGUGUAAAUAUACAAAAAGAUGACAAUUGUAAUAUAAUAAAAACCGAAACUAAUGCUGAAUAUCUUGAUCUUAAGACUUUAUCUAUUUCACUACCUGAUUUACAAUUAUAUCCAAGAUCAUUUUUAAUUACAAUAUCGCGUGAAUUAAUUCAGUAUCCUGUUUCUGCUCCAGAUAAAAACCAGAUUAGUGAACAUAGUGAAGGGAAUUUAGGUUCUCAUAAUAUAAGUAGUACAAAUACUAAUAAUCAUAAUAGUGCUGGAAAUAUUUCACAAUUAUUUUCAAAUUUUCCCCAUUCACCAUUUUUUAUUGGUUCAUAUGCAAGUAGUAACUUUCAUGUUAGUAUUGAUGGUCGUACUGUAAUUUGUGAUAGAGCAACUGAAGGGGGUGGAAUGGUUAUUAGUAGAGCACCAUUAACAUUUCGUGGAUUACAAACUACUGGCUUAACAAUCCCACCAAAUAUUUUGUCAUUUAGAAUUUUAAAUAUAGCUAGAUUUGGCAUAACUGUUGCUCCAUCAAAUGUUAUUACUAUGCCUAUUGAUGAAGUAUUUCAAAGAAAUGAUGUUGUUGGUUUUAAACCAUCAGGCUCAAAUUCGCUAUUAUUACCUCAAAAUCUCUUUGCAUUAGAGGUUUCUUAUAUUGAAGGAAGUGUUAUUGAUAUUAGAUAUGGUGUUAGCACAACAUCAUCUGGUUCUAUAUUAAGAUCAGAAAUAUUUGUAGGAGGAGAAAGUAUUGGGAGUGUAUUAGAAGUACAAUUUAAUGAAUUAGCUCAAAUAUCAGAAGAUACACGUUUAUCAGUUAUAUUUCUUAUAUUAGAUCCACUAACUUUAUAUUAUGAAGGUUUACCAUUUACAACCAGAUACCGUCGUCGUAGUAGUACAUGGUUUGAAUUAAUUUCUUCAAAUAACAUGUCUAAUAUCAAUAAUAAUUCUGAUAAUAUAUCUAAUAUAAAUACAAAUAAUAUUAAUAAUCAAGAAACAAAUAGUAUAUUAGGCUGUACAGAUGGACAUUCUACUGAAUUUGUACAGCAAAAACAAAAAUUAAAAGAUAUACAAAUGUAUAGUUACAUCUCAUUUUUACAAAAUAUUCAUUUAUAUCAACAAAUAUUACUAUCAGAUUCAUCAAUAUUAUGCAUGUUGAAAGAUGAUUUAAUUUCUACAAUAUGUACAAGACUAUUAAAAUGUAGCAACUUACUAAAACAAAACUUGGAUAAUUUUAUUCAAAUUUCAUUGAAUGGAAAAGUUAUAAAAUUUAGAAGAUCAGAUAUUAAUAAAGAUGGUUUUAAUUCAGAUCAUUCAAAUGAAGAGAUUCUUGAUCUAUUAAUUGAUCAUUGUUUGUUAUCAUGUUCAAUAUGUGCCAUAUUUGGUAUUGAUAUUAACUCAAAUGAGUGCUUAGAUGAUUACAAUGAGGAUAUAACUUCCAAUAAUAAAACAAACAAUAAGCAAAACUUUCAAACAGAAAAAAAAUUAUUAUUAAGAAGACGAUGCUCAAAUAUUAUUGAUGGUGAUUUUCCUUGGUUAAGCAGUAGUAUUGAUAGUAGUGUUUUAUGUUAUACAUGCUUAUAUGGUUUAUCAUUGGAACAAUGUGAAAAACUAUUACAAGGUUUUUUAUCUAUAUUAGAAGUUAAUUGUAUUAAUACUAUUUAUAAAUUAUUUGGUAAUGGUUGCAUAACAGUUAAUUUAAGUGAGUUUACUGAAAAUAUUGAUGAACAAAAUCAAAAUCUAGAUAAUAAUAAACAGCAAUAUCAGUGUUUAUUAAGUAUUAUAUGUGUAUUAAUAUCUCGUUCAAUAUUAGUUAUAUCAUUAAUAACACGUAUAAUAAUUGAAUUAUACCCAAAUAGUAAUGUACCUUUGUCUGAUUUAUCAAAAGAUAUAUUAUUAAGGUUAUUUUGUAUAUUCGGUGAAUUUUCAUUGAAAUCCUCUGGAGAUAAUGAAGGAGUUAAUCUUUAUGAUUUGUUUUCUGGAAGAUCUGUUUCAAAUAUAAUGAAUGAUAAUCAGAAUAAUAAUAAUAAUUUACUUAAGCAAAUUAUUGAAUGCACAGGAAUAGUUACCAACAGUAUACCAAGUAUAAAAAUUAGUUCUAUUAUUCCAAUUGAAGACACUAAGAACUUGUGGUAUUGGAUUUAUAAUUUAAUAUCAAAUAAUAAACAAUCUUUACAGGAUAACUAUUAUUUAAAUCCAAUAAAACAUAUUGAUGACUCCAUAUAUGGUCAUUUAAAUGUUAAUCAGAGAAUUUUUAAUCUAGAUGGAUCAAAUCCUAUGACAGCUAAAAAAUUAGUAUUAAGAUCACAUGGAACAAUUGGGACAUGGUCAAUACAGAUUGCUACUGUUGAUUCUUUAUGCAAUAUAUGUGGUAUAAUUCCUGAAUUUAUUAAUUCAAAAAUUUAUGAAACAAAACGAAAUGAUAUAGAUAUUAAAAAAGUACAAGAAGAUAAAAUAGAUAACUCACAAUCAAUAAAGUGUCUGUAUAUAAUAAAAUUAAUGCGUAUAUGUUGCUAUUUCAUAUGCCGUGGAAGAGAAGAUUUCGUUUUCCCUGCAGCUCACCAAAAUAUAGAUGAUAAUAAUCACUUAUCACCGUCUCCAGAAUACUGGCUCUUAUAUAGACGUCCAUUAAGCAAUGAUAUUAGCCAAAAUCAACAAAUUGGAAUAACAAAUAGUACUAUUAAUAUAUUAAAAAAAUUAGAUUCUGAAAGUAUGUUAAUAGAUAAAUUAUAUUCAUGGCAGAAACUUUUAUACCAAUCGGAGAUAUGGGCUUAUCAAAAUAAUAUUGAAUAUUAUGAUAUAUUGCAAACAUGUAUAAUGAGUGAAAUAUUAUUCCAUUUAAUUGGAUCGUUAAUACAAGUCAUAUCUAUUAAGAAAAGUAAUAAAAUAAAUAACAAUGAGAAAUCUUUAAGUUAUUCCUCAUUAUCGCCUUCUGUAUAUGUUGCUCACUGGCUAAUGGAUCCAUUAAUCAGGCAUCCACUAUGUCCAAGUGGUAUCAGGAAUUCGAUUGUUACUCCCUAUACAUGGAAUUGCUUAUUCUCAUUACUAAUUAAUGGGAUACAAAUGCCAACAAAGCUUGCUAUAGAUGCAUCUAGAGUUACAUAUUGGAUAUGCUCUAAAUAUAAAGUGAAUAAUGUUCAUAAUACAAUUAAUAGAUUUAUACAAUAUCAAAGUAUUUUAGAUUCUAUAUGUUAUUGUGUUUCAUCUGUAUUAUCACUAUAUGAAUGUAAAACUAUUAAUGAAAUUGACGGAACUAUUAAUCAAUCUGGUUUAGCAGUAUAUAAAGAGAUGAUUUUAGGAAAAUCAUCAUUGAAACAGUUAUCAUGGGAUUACUUCACAUCUGCAGAAGAUUAUAAACCAAUUAAUAGACAACGUAUUAAUGCAACUUUAAUAUGUCAUUUUAUGGCAUGUUCAGCUCACUCUAUAUUAGACAUCUCAUUGCAGCAUUCAUUACUACCAUUACCACAUAUACUAUCAUUUUUCGGUAAAUAUUUAAACUAUUUAUCAAUAGCAAAUCAUUCUAUGCUGAGUACAAGUGACACAAUUAUUGCAACAUAUAGAGAAAUUGAAAAAAUUGAAAAACAAAAUAAGCACAACUUAACAAGAUCUAAUCAAAGUGAUUUUUUUAAAUACAAGUAUUAUAGAAAUCUUCUUAUGAAUAAAAUACCUCCAAAUACUUUAUUACCAUGGCAAUAUAUACAUGAGACCUUAAAUUACAUUGAUGAUAAUACAAUUAAUUUAUCAAUGGAAAUUUUCGAAAAUACUGAAUACUCAGUGAAAAAUUUAUCCUCUAAAUACCUUGAUAAAAAUGGAGAUAUUAUUAGUUUAUUACGUAUCAAUGAUGGUAUUAUCAAUAAUAGUAAUAAUAAUGUUUUAUCUGGCAAAAUUAAUAUCUCCAGUAAUAUGAUCAGAUAUUCAAAUCGAAUAAAUGGCUUAAUUGGCUUUAUUAUUCAACCAAAUAAUUUAUUAUAUUCAAAAUCCAUAGAAAAUGAUUUUUAUAAUAUUAAACUAUUACCAAGGGUAUUGUAUGGCUUAUAUGAUAAAUAUUUUAGGUGUAUUCUUUAUGAAUACGGUGGUAUGGAAAUAUUUGAAUGUAACACUGAAGCAUUAUUUUCUAUAUUACAAAAUAUUUAUUAUAAUGAAAAGAUUGAACAUCAUGAAAUAUAUUCAAAUAAUAUCGAUAUUAAUAAAAAAUAUGGUGUGAAUAAUUAUGUUCAGUGCUUAAGAGUAAAUAAAUGUUUAUACUAUAAUGGAUUACAUUCAGGUACUAUUAAAUUUACAAUAAACAUAGGUACUAACCUAACAAAUAAUAAAAUUGAAACAAUUGAUUCAAUCUUUAUUGGUGGAAUAUUAUUUGAUUCUAAAUUUGAUUUUAAUAAUGAAGAAUUUAAUUUAUUUUAUAAUGAAUAUUGGCCUAAAGAGUUGUUAAUAGCAAUUAGAAAAGGAGAGGUAUUAGCAAGUAAUAAAAAACAAAAUCAUGUAUUUGAAAGCUAUAUUGGUACAGUAUUAUAUUCAUUAUAUGACGAUCAUUGCUUUGUAUUUGGCAAAGAAGAUAUCAAUAAAUGUACAGCAAGAAUUAGAGGUAAUGAAAAGGAGAAGUUUCUAAAUUAUAGUAAAAAUGGAAAAUUCAUUAUUAAUAUAGUAUUUCAAAAUCAUUUAAUAAUAUGGGAGAUCAAUAAUAUUCCAUUAAUUAUUAUGGGAUUACCACCAUCAUCAAACUUUAUGUUACCCAUUAUUAUACUAGAUAGAUGUAUUCAUAGUGAAGAUAAUCUAUCUGAUAUAUUAUGUAAUAUAAAAGUCAGUGAUGGUAUUGGCUCUUUUUUUGUACCAUUUUCUCAAGUUAUAUCAAAAACAGAAAUGAUCCCAAUAUUAUCGAAGAAUGAAUCAUUAAUAAAAUGGAUACCCAGUGAGUUAAAACAUGAAUUUAAUAGUGACAACAAACUAGAAAUAGAACUUUUAAAAAAUAAUGGAGAUUUAAAGAGAAGUGAUGAUGGAUUAUUAGAUAGUAGCAUUAAAGUUGUUGGUUAUUUAUAUCCAAAAAUAUAUAGUGGCAUUAGUUUAUGUACAAGUUCUUGUAAUAGUAAUGAGUUGUAUAAGUCAUCACUACUUGAAUUUUGGGAAAAUUGGAUAUUACCAACAAAUAUAAAUAUUGAAAUUACAGAUAAUAAAUAUAUAAAUUAUAUCAAGUAUUUGGAUAGAAGAUUAAAUCCAGACAUUUCUAUUACUAAUGAUGAAAAAAUUUCAAACUUAAAUGUGGAUGAAAUAAAUAUACUAUCUGAUGAUAAUAAUAGUAAUAGUAAUAUCCAUAUUAAUGAAAGUAGGAAUUUGAUUAAAUCUACAUUAUUUAAUUCAUUAGAUCCUGCUAAAUCUUUUACAAUAACACUUCAAGUUCAAUCAAAAUUAAUAGAUACUGAUAAGAAUAUUUCCUUAGAUAAUGUAGAUAGUAAACCAUUUGGUAUUGGAAUCGAUUGGAUUAAUGGUUUAUAUAGGUAUAUAUGGAUGUGUGAUGGUAGUUUUAUUGUAUCUUUACUCCCACCAUUACCGUAUGAAAUAAGUGAAUCGUAUGAGUAUAAUAUACCUAAAAAUGCAGAGAUUAAAAUAACAGGAAGAAACCAUACUAAUUUAAAUGAUAAAUUUAUUGAUUUAGUAGAAAUACCAGAAUAUGGCAUAGAUGAUGAAAUAACAAUAGAAUUUCAACCAAGUAUUCCAGCAUUAAUAUUUUUUAAAAAUUCAAAGUAUUGUUUUUCGUUUAAUUUUACAAAAUUUUAUCAAGAAUUAAAUAUAUUUGGUUUAUCUACAAUCAGUUUACAAAGAAAUUAUAUACAGGAUUUAGAUUGUAAUAAUAGUAGUCAGAUAUUAUCAGAUACUAAUAAAUGGAUUAUUCGACAGUUUUUUAUAAUGGCACUAUUAGAUGAUGAUAUUCAAAUUUUAUAUUAUAUUAUGAAACAAUAUAAAGAGAUUAUAAUAGAUAAGAAUGGGCAAUUUCAAUUUUUAAUUUCAUUAACUAAUGAUAUGUGUAAUACAUUAUUAAGUUUUAUACCUUUACUAAUAAGCAACAAUAAACGUACAUUUAGAGAUUUUUUAAAUGAUACAUACACUACUAUAGAAUUUUUAAAACCACAAGAAUAUUUGAGUAAAGUUAUAAAUAACGAGUUACAGUUUGAUUUAAACAUAUUAAGAGAAAAGUUCGAGAUAGAUAAUAUUUCCAAUUAUUCUGGUAAAAAUCAAAUAAUAAGACAAGAAAAUCCAUUUUGGUUAGCAUGUUGGUUGGGUCUUGAGAAAUCAAUAAAAUUUUUAUUAUUGUAUAUUAAUAUUGAUGUAACUGGAUGUUUAAAUAAACAAAAAAGUGAAUUGAAUUUAAAUCAAUCAAAUGUAUCUUCAAAUUGUAUGUAUAUUGGUUUUUAUUUAAAUAAGAAUAAAAUGAAUAUAUGUAUUAAUAAUAAUGAAAAUUUAUGUUUAGAACAAACAGGUUUAAUGGCUAGUAUUAUUAGUGGUAAUGCGAGAAUAGCAUAUAUAUUACUUUGUAUAUAUAACUCAAAUGUCAAUUUAAAAGAUAAAGAGGGAAAUACAUGCUAUCAUUUUGCAUUAGCAUAUGGCCAUUUAAAUAUAGCGGAGCUAUUAGCAUAUAAAGGUAUAAACCCAUAUAUAUGUAAUGGAAAUGGACAAAUAGCUGGCUUUACAUAUAGAAGAAUCUAUUCAAAUUCAAUUAAAAAAAAAGAAAGAAAAAUGGGUAAUUAUACAGAAAAUAUUGAUACUGAAAAUGAUGAUGACAAUGAUAAUAAUAAUAAUAAUAAUAAUAAUAAUAAUAAUAAUAAUAAUAAUAAUAAUAAUAAUAAUGAUAAUGAUAAUAAUAAUAAUAAUAAUAAUAAUAUAUGGUAUAUGACUCCACAGCCAUCAAAUAUAGGAUUACAUAAUGAUAGAGAUAUGAUUGUUGAGUUUACAUAUCAAUAUGAACGUUUAUAUUGUUUUGGAAUAAGUUCAAUUGAUAUUGAAAUGGGGAAUAAAUAUACAUCAUCUUUAUUUGAAAAUAAUUUAAUGUUAGAUUCCAAAAGAAAAUCAAAUUUGUUACCACCCUAUCAGUAUCCUUGGCCCUGUUUAUUGUCUAACUGUCAAUUAAUAAGUGUCAUUGAUGAAAAGGAUGAAGGAAAUAUCAAAAACCCGUUAAUAUACACAAUUAAAAUAAAUUCACUAAAUAUUGGUGGUAUAUUGCAAAAUAAUUCACUAUUAUUAACAUCAAAUACAUCAAAAAACAACAGUACAUCAGAUGAUGAAUUUAAAUUAGAAAAUGAAGAUAUAAUACAUUAUACAGAUUACAUUAAUUCGAAAUUUUCAGAUUCAUUUUAUCUAAAUAGGAUAAAGUUAAAUAUUCAUACUAUUCAGUAUUUAUUUUAUCGUUGGUUAAGAGCAAUUAAAUGUACUUCACAGCCAUUAUCUGGUAAUACAUAUACAACAAGCACCGUAGCAUUAUCUAUAUCUAGACGUGAGAUGACUGGAAGGCCAAUUGAUGAAGAAAUAUAUUAUUAUAAUGAAUUAGAAAAUAAUAUUCAACCAAAUCAUGAUUAUCAUAAUAAUACGUCUUAUUUUAUGUCCAAUAUUACAUCUUCACAAUCUAAUGUUGGUACUACAGUGGUAGAUGAUAAUUCCUUAUUUAGAAAUCAAAUUAAUAGAUUAUCAUCAUUAACAGAUUAUAAUGUAUCUGGGAUAUUAAUUAAACAAAGUAUAAUGGAAGAAAUUUAUAAUGGAUUAUCAUUAGUAAAAAAUAAAUAUCAAUUAUUAGAUAUUAUACACACAAUCCAUAAGUAUUUAACUCAAUUAAUUACUAUUAAUAACUCAUUAUCUUCAUAUUCUUCUGCUGAUGUGAAUUUUCCAAGAAAUUGUGGUAUUAGUUUAAAUAAAGAUACUAAAAGUGAUGAUAAUAAGGUAUAUGAUUAUAUGAGAAAAAUAUGUUGGGAAUUAUUGGAAAUAGAAGAAUAUAUUGAUAAAGAUCAUGGUUAUUAUCCAUAUUGGUAUAUUGAAAAAGAACGUUAUAUUUGGAUUCAUCAAAUUAGAAAGUUAUUAUCACUAUUAUGUACAAGCACAAGAGGGAACAUUAGUUACUCAUCUUGUAGAUCACUUAUUGAGUGGAUACCUAAUUUAAAUUUAUUAAAUAAAUCUUACUGUAAUCACUUAAUAAAAAUAAAAAAACAAAAAAAUAAAGAUUCCACUCAAGAUAGUUCCAAUUACUUUCAUUAUAAUUUUAAGGUGAAACCAAUUAUUUCAGUCGACCUAAAAAUACUAAGUGAAAUGCAUAGAAAUUGUCAACAAAAUAUUGAUCAUAAAAUUAUCCAAUUAUUAAAUUUAGAAUUAUCAACUCAUUCAAUAUACAAAUUAAUAUUAUCUGAAACAUAUAAAAUUAUUGCUAAUAUAAGUACAAACUCCUCAAAUUUAUUCAAUAUGAGUUUUACAAGAAUUGAUCCAAAUAAAAUUUUACCAAAGAAUGAUUCAUAUUUAUGGUUAAAAUGUAAAAUAUCACCAUCUGAUUCAUUUGAUAUUAUUAAAUUACUAAGUGUAUAUAUAAAAGAUUUAAUUCAAUCAGUAAUAUAUAAGAUAUAUAUUAAUCAUAUACCUAAAUUUAACUUACAAAAUAAUAUGGAUAAUGAAAAACACUUUCCACUGCAAAUGAUUAAUAAAUUAUUAAAUAGAAUUUCACCAAUAUAUUCAACAUCUAUAUUAAUAAAGUCAGAUUUGAAUAGUGAUAAUAAACAAGAAAUGAUCAGAACAAUUUUAUGGUAUAUUGAUAUAUUAAAACAGUUUAUAUAUGGUAGAAUAAUAUUGUUAAAUAGAUUUAAUGAUAUAUCUAAAUAUACAAUUCCUAUGAUAUCAGCAGUUUAUAAUUCACCAAUACCAACAUAUGAACAAGAAGAUUUUCUAAGAAUGUCAUCACCAAGAGAUUUUUUUAUUAAUAUAUAUGGUAAUAAUUACUGGAAAUUACUACUUGAUAAUAAAUUUCUUGAGAUAAAUGAACAUGAAUAUUCAUUAUCUCAUUUUAUAUUAAUUGAAUCAACAUAUUUAUUGGGAAGUUGGGGGUAUUAUAAUAAUAUUAACUCAUCGCCUAGAAUGGUAAUUCAUGUUGGACCAUAUGAUAUUCCAAUUCCAAUCAGUAGUUAUUUAUUUUUAAAACCACUUUAUAAAGUAAAGCUAAUUGAUUCUCUAUGGAAUGAUAUAUUAAAAAGAUUGGUUGAUUCGGGUAAAAAUAAUGCUAAUAACGCUAGUAAUAAUGGAUUGACGGUUCAUCUAAACCGUAGUUUAGCAAUAAGUGAUAAUGAUUUAAAACACACAUUGUUAGCACAAGCAACAAGACAAAUAUUAUAUAUGUUACCAGAAAAAUUGAGAACAUCUGAAAGACCAUUUUUAGUAGUUUUUAGAGGUGAGGGAAGUACAGACUUUGGUGGUCCUUUUCAAGAAUUCUUAUCAUGGAUAUCAAAUGAAAUAAUGAAUUGGAAUAAUAAAAGUAAAAUAAGUGAAAAUGAAGAUAAUAAUGAAGAUAAUGAAUAUAAUAUUAAUAAUAAAUCAAGAUUAUUUAUACCAUGUGCGAAUGCAAUACAUUCAAUUGGACAUAAUCAAGAUACAGUUGUAAUAGAACCAUGCAGUGCAAAUUUAUUACAUAAUAAUUUUUCAAAUACAUAUAAGUCUCCUAAACAGCUAUAUAUAUGUGAAGAAGAUUUACUAUUUGAUAAAGAAUUGAAAAAUAAAGUUUAUAUAAUGUAUGGAGAAGGAUCUUUAUUAAGAAAAUUAAAAAAUGAAAUAAUAUAUAAAAAUAUAUAUUCAACAAAGAUCAUUGAUAAUAAUACGAAUGAUAUUUCAUCAUAUAUAGAAUUAUUAAUUCCAUCAUUAAAAUUAAGUAAAAUUGGUCAGAUAAAUAAUAUAAUAUUAAGAACAAUUGAUAGUAGUAUAAGUAAUUUUAAUUUUUAUAUAGACAAAACAGAAAAUGGAAAUAAAGACAAGUUAAAAUUAUAUAACUCAUCAAGGAGAGUUGAUCAUAUAUAUUUAGACCAAACAGUGAUUAAUUCAUUAUCAUAUCCUUUAAGUAAUAUACAAGAUAGAAUAGUAGAAUCUGAAUCUGGAAUUGAUUCCACAGAAUUAAAUAGGGUACAAGGACAAUCUAAUCCACAGUCAUCUUCAUCUCCUAUAACAGGCGUAGUACAUAAACUAGACCCUUGGGAAUGGCCUAAAGAUAAAGCUUAUGAAGAUAUAAUAAAAGAAAUUUAUGAAUGUUUAGGCAGAGUAAUGGGUAUAUGCAUGAUUAUAAAGAGUGCACUAAAUAUUAAUUUAAAUCCUUUAAUAUGGAAAAAAUUUGUUGGGCAACCAUUAUCACUUAAAGAUUUAAUUGAUGCAGAUUGUAUUACUUAUGAAAUAUUAAAUUCACUAAAAUCAAUAAAUUCCGAAAUGAAAUAUAAUACACAAACCAAUGAAAAUUAUACAGAAAAAGAUCCACAAGAUUCCAAAAAUUUAUUAAUUCCUCCAGAAUUAGAAGGACUGACAUUUCAAAUAGAAAAUAUGAAUGGUGGUAUUAUAUCAUUACUAGGUAAUAAUAAUGAGGGUGAAUCAGUUAAUGUUAACUUAAAAAAUCUUCAUUUAUUUAUACAAUUAGCUGAAAGAUGUAGAAUGAUGGAAGAUAUAUCUAGUAUUACAUGUAUAUUAAAGGGAUUAGGCUCAAUAUUACCACUCGGACGUAUGAGAUUAUUAUUUGAUCAUUCUCGUAUUGAAUAUUUAAUAUGUGGCGAAUCUUAUAUAGAUUUAAAUGUAUUAAAACAACAUACAGUAUGUACUCAAGGUGAAUUAAAAGAGCAACUAUUUCAAGUCUUAGAGACAUUUACAAAUGAACAAGUGCAAGAAUUAUUAAGAUUUGUAUCAGGACGUAGUAGAUUACCACAAGGAAAUGAUGAAUGGAAAUUUUCAGUUAGCUAUGAUAAUCCAGAUAUUAUACAAGAUGAACGUUUACCUAUAGCAACUACAUGUGGAUUUAGAUUAUCAUUACCAAAAUAUUCAAGUAAAGAGGUUCUUAGAGAAAGAUUAUUAUAUGCAAUACAUAACUGUGUAGCUAUUGAUCUAGAUGCAUAUGUUGUUCAUGAUAAUGUGCAAUCAGGAUAUGAUGAAUAG